AUGUCGUGGCAAGCAUAUGUUGAUGAUAAUCUCGUUGGAACUGGCAAGAUUGCUCAUGCUGCCAUUUAUGGCCAUGAUGGUACAUUGUGGGCAGCUUCCAAAGGCUUCAAUCCGAGUCAUGAGGAAAUCAAAACUAUCAUUGAGUCUUUUUCUGAUGCUCAAAAAAUCCAAGCAAAUGGAAUACAUUGCAAUGGUGUUAAAUAUGUUUUUCUUAAUUCAGAUGAACUAACUGUUCGUGGCAAAAAGGGCGCAGCCGAUGGUAUUGUUGCAGAGAAAACAAAUCAAGCUGUUAUUAUUGGGAUUUAUGCAGAAGGUACAAUGGCCGGGCAAGCCAAUAAAGUUGUUGGAGAUUUGGCUGAUUAUUUAAGAGGUUUAAAUUAU